UAAGAUAUGCCCUGAAGUAGUUACAGUGUUAAGUACUAACAAAGCUUCUCUUGGAAUCAAAGUUUCUCUCUCCCAUCUUUGCUUUACAGUUGAAGUGAUUUUGCUUUCCUAGGUUGUUGCCAAAUCUUGAAUUUAUGCUUAAACUUAGUAAGUACUAGAGUUUUAGAGCAGGGAUAGUUUUCUUGUUUUCAAGAUAAACGAAGCUUUCACUUCAUCACUACCACAUUGCAAUCAAAGACUUGAACUCUCUUGUGGUUUCUUUAUAAAAACCCACUUCGCCAAUCAACCUGGUUCCUUUUCCCUUCUAUUGCUCUCCCUUUGGUUAUUGGGUUCAUGAGUUCUUUUGGGUCUUUUUAGUUUUCUUGAAACAAAGAGAGAGGAGUAGAGAUUUCUUGCAGGGUAAAAAUGAGAUCCUAUGCUUCGCUUCAGCUUCUUUCUGUUUUUUCUCUUCUUCUUUUUGUGACUUGUGACCCCUUUGCCAGAGAUGAAGUGUCACUAGGCUGAAUCGAGCUGUGUUAGUUAUGGUGUAAUCAACGUGAAAACUUCAAGAUUCGAACUUGGGUUCUUCCUGCAUUUACUUUGUGACCUAAUACCGUUAGUGGCAUUGGAAGUCAUGUGAUCUGAAAGUAAUGCACGUUUGGGCACUUACAACAUUCAAGGAAGCUAUAUAUGAAGACCCACAUAUGGUUUUGUCCAGUUGGAAUGCCUUAGAUGCAGAUCCUUGUGGUUGGUCUGGCAUUUCCUGCUCUUUUGCUGGAGACCAUGUUGUAAAGAUAAACAUAACUGGGUACUCUUUAAGGGGAUUUCUUGCCCCGGAAUUGGGUCAGAUCAAAUUUUUGCAACAACUAAUCUUGCACGGUAAUAAUCUGAUUGGGAUUAUACCAAAAGAACUGGGAAUGUUGAAAUACCUCCAGGUCUUGGAUUUGGGAGCAAAUCAAUUAACGGGCCCUAUUCCUCCAGAGAUUGCAAAUCUAAUCAGUGUCAUUAAAAUAAACCUUCAGUCCAAUGGAUUAACAGGAAGCUUGCCUCCUGAACUCGGCAAUUUGAAGUCCCUUCAAGAACUACGGCUUGAUAGGAAUAGACUUCAAGGAUCUGUUCCUGCUAGUAGCAGCUCAGAUUUCACUUCUAGUGCGUUUGGAAUGUAUGCCUCAAACACAAACUUAACUGGCCUGUGUCAAGCAUCUGAAUUAAAAGUGGCUGAUUUCUCCUACAACUUCUUUACUGGGAGCAUUCCUAAGUGCUUGGGGUAUCUUCCGAGCACAAGCUUCCAAGGGAACUGCCUUCAGAACAAAGAUCCGAGACAGCGUUCCUCUUCUCUUUGUGAUCAUGCUCCUCCUGCCAGAACCCCUCAAACAACAAACCCCAAGCAACAGCCUGCUGAAGAUUUAUCCAACCAGCAUCGUAGGGCAUCAAAACCUGCCUGGCUUUUGGCUCUGGAAAUAGUGACAGGAACCAUGGUGGGCUGUCUCUUUCUUAUCGCCUUUAUAACUGCUCUUCAGAGAUGCAAGGACAAAUCUUCUCUCAUAAUCCCUUGGAAGAAAUCAUCGAGUCAGAAGGACCAUGUGACAGUAUACAUAGAUUCUGAGAUGUUAAAAGAUGUAGUGAGAUUCAGUAGGAUGGAGCUUGAAGUAGCCUGUGAAGACUUCAGUAACAUUAUUGGCUCUUCUCCAGACAGUUUGGUUUACAAGGGCACCGUGAAAAGUGGCCCUGAGAUUGCUGUCAUAUCCCUCUGCAUCAAAGAAGAACACUGGACAGGCUAUCUUGAACUCUAUUUUCAGAGAGAGGUGGCAGAUUUGGCAAGAUUAAAUAAUGAGAAUGCAGGAAAGUUGCUGGGCUAUUGUAGUGAGAGCACUCCAUUUACGAGGAUGUUAGUUUUUGAAUAUGCAUCAAAUGGAACCCUGUAUGAGCACCUUCACUAUGGAGAAGCAUGCCAGUUAACUUGGACACGGCGCAUGAAAAUCAUUAUAGGCAUUGCUCGUGGACUGAAGUACUUUCAUGCUGAACUUGAUCCACCUUUUACUAUAUCAGAGUUAAAUUCCAGUUCUGUGUAUCUCACAGAGGACUUUUCCCCUAAGUUGGUUGAUUUUGAAAGUUGGAAGAGUAUUCUUGCAAGAUCAGAGAAGAACUCAGGUUCCAUAGGCGGCCAAGGUGCUAUUUGUGUGCUUCCAAAUUCUCUGGAGGGACGCCAUCUCGAUGUCCAAGGGAACAUUUAUGCUUUUGGUGUUCUAUUAUUGGAAAUAAUCAGCGGAAGACCUCCACACUGCAAGGACAAGGGGCGCUUGGUAGAUUGGGCUAAGGACUUCCUCGAACUACCGGAAGCAAUGGCGUAUGUGGUGGAUCCCGAGUUGAAGCAUUUCAGAUUCGAGGACCUCAAUGUUAUAUGUGAAGUGGUAAACCUUUGCAUCCAUCCAGACCCCGCUAAGCAGCCUUCCAUGCAGGAUUUAAGUACCAUUCUAGAGAGCAGAAUUGAUACAACUAUACCUGCAGACUUCAAGGCAUCUUCUUUGGCAUGGGCAGAGCUUGCGCUGUCAUCAUAAUUGAUUUGAAGCCUGACGCUAACACACUGUAAAUCAGAUUGAUACAAUUGUAAUGGUCCUUUCUUUUCUUUUACUCUUUUUUUUUUUUCUUUCACACUUUCAGUUAUCUGAAGUCCUUGUAAAUGUGUUAAAUUGUGUGCGUGCUAAAAGAAACAAAUAGCUUCUUUAUGACAGUAGCGUUAUUGUAUACCAUUGGAUGAGUAAAGUUACGACAAUAGUAAACCUUUUACUUUAAA